AACAUACGCUGGCGUGUUUAAUUAGCGCGUACAAUAUGCCUAUAAAUACACCAGCACUAGCUAGGCCCUUAAUUGGCAAUCAGUUGACAGUUCCUCAAAAGUUGUUGCUUGGUUUCUUCUUGUAAAGAAUCGAGAUUCGAGAGGCAGAGAGCAGGUCAACCAUGACAAGGCUGUUCGAGGAUCCACCGGCGGCGAUCUCCCACCCCGCCCACCCGGAGCACGACCUGAACCUGGUGACUACCAGUACCGGGGCCGGCGCGGGGCCUUUCCGGUGCGACGGGUGCAUGCAGCCGGGCGAGGGGCCGAGCUGGUACAGGUGCGAGCCAUGCAACUACGACCUCCACACCUGCUGCGCGCUCCCGUCGCCCACCCUGGAGCACGCCAUGUUCAAGGGCCGCACCUUCGUCUUCCACCACGAGCACCCGUCCCCGGCGUGCGGCCGGUUCUGCGACGCGUGCGGCGACGACGUCGUGGCCGGCGGUUUCGCGUACCACUGCCGCGACCGCGACCUGGACCUGCACCCGUGCUGCGCGCUCCUGGAGCCCAGCUUCGUCCAUGACGGCCGCGCCUUCGAGCUCCGCAGGGAUGCGUCCGGCCGGUGCGGCAUGUGCAGCAGGGCCGACGGACGCCGCCGCCGCAAGUUCUGGUCCUACGUCGUGUACGAGGACGGCAAGGCUGUGUACCUGCACGUGGCGUGCCUCAAGGACGCACACGCCCGCCGCGGCAGGAGCAUAGGCGGCGGGAGGCAGAUCCUCGUGGAGGCUAAUAACUCGCCGAUAACGGAGGGCGUGCUGCAGAGCUUGCCCCGGAGCACGCGGAGGAGCGGCGGGUUCGACAAGUUCCGCAGGAUCGUCGGCGUCGUCGUGAGUGUCAUCAUCGCGGUCAUCUUUGGGAACCCCUUGGCCCUCGUGUCCGCGGUUGCAGGCCCCGGUGGACUUCUCCGGGGGUAGCUAGUACAAAUACUUGGGACGAGUAAUUGUUUUGUUUUCUCUUGUUUGUUCAUCUAUAAGUUCCUUUCCUUGGGCCACCUUUUUCCAAGAUGCUCUCGGGCAACCAUAAAACUGUACUCGUACCUUUUUCAUGUUUCGAUGUUGAUUGCUGAUCACUCGGUUCUUAAAUGAUACUAACUCCGUUCCGUAA